UGAUGAUGGCGCACUGCUGAAACUGAGGACUGGAAAGGUGUGUUCUAUCUCCUUGGCCUUUUACACCGUGAUUUGUGCAAGGAAUUUUCCAAAAUGGUUUUCAGCGUGACUUGCUGAUUUGGAUGUUACGACUACACAGUUUUGGUGAGAUAAAUCAACUCGUGCAGGCCCCCGAGUAGUCGGCCAUCAGCCCAGCAGGGAGCUAGCGAGUGACCAGGCAGUUCAGGCUCUUCCCUCCCACCCUUUCCCGUCUUCCCACCUGUCGCCGUCUUCCGCGGUCCCUCCGUUCCGCGGGAAAAGGGUUCAGAGGUCACCUUGGGUGAGUGACCACCGACCAGACAUGCCGCUGUUUGGGAAGUCCACCAAGACGCCUCAGGAGCUGGCCAAGAUAGCCGGCGAUGCCCUGGCUGUCAUCAACAAGACCCAAGAAGGGAAGAAAGCUGAAAAGGCACAGGAGGAUAUCUCCAAGAGUCUGACAGGAAUGAAGAACAUCCUGUACGGAGUCGGGGACCAAGAGCCCCAAGGAGAGUUGGUCAGCCAGCUGGCGCAGUCCAUCUUUAAUCAGGAAAUACUGCUGCAUCUCGUCAGUAACCUCCGACACCUGGACUUUGAGACCAGGAAGGACGCAGCUCAAAUCUACAACAACGUGCUGCGGCGACAGAUCGGGGAACGCUCGCCGACAGUGGAUCACAUCGCUUCCAAGCCGGACAUACUCCUCAAACUCUGCCAAGGGUACGAGAACCAGCAGAUCGCCUUGAACUGCGGCAUCAUGCUCCGAGACAGCAUCCGAUAUCAGGAGCUGGCCAAGAUCAUCCUUUACAACGACGCUUUCUUCUCAUUCUUCAACUACGUGGAGACAUCGACGUUUGACAUUGCCUCUGACGCCUUUUCCACAUUCAAAGACUUGCUAACCAGACACAAGAUUCUGUGUGCACAGUUUUUGGAGGAGAAAUACGAUAGAGUGUUCUCAGAAUACCAAAAGUUGCUGAAUUCAGAAAACUACGUCACAAAAAGGCAGUCGCUGAAGCUCCUUGGAGAGCUCCUUCUGGACAGACACAACUUUACCAUCAUGACCAAGUACAUCAGCAACUCCGACAACCUGAAACUCAUGAUGAACAUGCUGCGAGACAGAAGCAGAAAUAUACAGUUUGAGGCCUUUCACGUUUUCAAGGUUUUUGUAGCCAACCCCAACAAGACACCCCCCAUCCUAAACAUCCUCAACAAGAACAAGGCCAAGCUGGUGGAAUUCCUGACCUCAUUCCACACCGACCGGACGGAGGACGAACAGUUCAACGACGAGAAGGCGUACCUCAUCAAGCAGAUCAAGGAGCUGCAGCCCAGCGAGCCCUCGUAAUAGGGCUUGUGGGGGCAAGAGAGGGGAGGUUGAUGCGCACGUGGCAGAGAUCGGGGGCUGAUGUGGUACCCGAGGUUCAUGGCCCAUGUUCAUGCUCAACGGAGCUGGGCGUAACGAGCGUAGAAAUUUAUGGGCCCUUCUUGCACUGAGCUGGUUUUAUGGGGUCACUCAGUCAGUUGAUCAUUGUUUUCAGUUGGUUACAGUUUUCCCACAGUUGACUUGCUAAAUCUUGGUACAUUGAGAAGGCUUCUCAAUCUGAUGCACUGUUAUAGCACAGAUGUUACUGAUGCACUGUUGGCACGUAUGCAUAAAGCAGAAAAACAACUCCAAAACAGACGAGUACUAGAAUCAUUAUCGUAGAUCUCUGCUACGUUGUAAGAUCACACAGUUCAGACAGUACAUAGCCAUAGUGUAACGUUGACCCCUUAGAUUACUAGUGUAAUCGCAGUUGUAGUAUGCUUCCUGGACAUCCAAGAUGUAGAUUUUUAUGUCUUCAAUGACGAGCACCUAUCCGACUGUGCUGUUUCUGAAGCUUGUAAAUAGGCCAGAGUCUGUGGUUUGCUGUAAGUGACGUCCGUGACCUUGCACAAAAGCAUGUGUGAGACUUCUCUGCCUCUUUUGGUUGCACAGGUUGGCUUCAGUGACAGUGUGCCGUUGUAUCCGGUUGCCUUUUGCAGCAGAGCGAAAUUUAGAUAUCUAAUCUUGGCUCUUGCCAGAACUGUGGCUCCGUCUUCUGUUCCAUAAUCCUCACCCAAGUCUUAUUCACACCUGAUAAAAAGCAGUGGCUAUGGCUUGAAAUUUUAAAGUGGUGUUCUGUGGGAAGACCUCAGCCAUUGGCUCGUGAUGUUGUAGCUGGUACUUGAGGCCGAGGCCAAACCGGCAGAAAUGCUGAAUGUAGCGUGACUGACCUUUUCUGCUCACCUUUAUUCACUGAACACUUUGUGAACACUUUGGCGACACCGUGUGAGCACUAUUCCAACACCGUGCUUACACCAGGUGAACACUGUGCCAACGCCGUCUUGGUGGGCACUAAGUGGGCACUCUGCAGCCCCUGUGGACAAACACUUCAUUGACCCUGCGGCAGUGGAAGAGGGGGAAAAGAUCAUCAUGCUGACAUUUUCCGCAUAAAAGUCUACCACUAGCAGUCCCACGAUUCUCACUAGAAUACAUGGAGGCUAAACUUCCCCGUUGAGCCGAAAAAAAAGAUCCUGAAUUUUGUGUAGAUAUUUAGGGUGGCUUUUAAUGAUUUACAUCUCAUCAUUUUUUUGCCAGUCACUCCAAUCCACGCGUAGAAAAAAAAUAUUCAAUGCUCGCUGAAUCAAAUAUCUUAUUUUAAAGCCACCCUCACAGGGGACGAUAAUAAAUAUAUUAAAGGAAAAACACAGUAAAAAGUCAAAGAGAAAAUUGCAGUAUUGAAAUAAUUGGAAAAAUUCAUACUAUAUAUUAUGUUUUAAGUUGUGAAAUAAAUAGUCGAUAAAAUUUUUUUUAUAACUAAGGCAAAUGGCCUGGAUCACCAAUUUCAUUAAAUUUUUUUUUUUCAAUUCCUUUUCCAUA